CUGCAAACACUCAGUGCACUUCUUAUUCUCCAUCUUUUUGAAAGCACCAACAUUUUUCUUUUUUCAGACAAGCUAGCGGCCAGAGAACAACGUCGAGACUCCUGUCCCUUAGCCUCGAACAAGGCUUCUUCUUUUUCGGCUGCAUACAAUUUAGCCCAACCUCAGGUUCUUUCAACUUCAACACCACCAAUUCCACAUUCACCCCGAUCAUCCCAACCACCGCCACCAAUACUACAUUUCCCAUUGCCAUUGCCUCCACGUUCUUCUAGAUUACCUGUACAACGAGCAAUAGCCAUUUCUUCACUAUCACAGCAACAGGCUGAUCAACAGCCUCCACCACUUUCAUGGAAAGUGAGCGGACGUACUCGGCUCCUUCCCUCUCGUACGGAGGGACAAGUUCGAACUCCACAGCUUCCCCUUCCACCAUCUCAGCUUACUUCACCCUCUCACUACGUGCUUAAAGAGGGUGUCACCUCGGUAACUGCUAGCGAGGGAAACAAUUUAUUGCAGGAAUCCAGCCUACCUCUUUCACUAGCAUCUGAAGCCAACUAUGGUGGCAGUAACAACUAG